CGAGCCAGCACCACAAGACCCGGUCUCGCAUCGAUAUCCUGGCUGGAUUUCAACACGAUAGUCUGUCUUUCACACAUUUAAUAAAUUCCUUAUAUCGAUUGGUUUUGAAGAGAGCCGUGCGCCCUGAGCCGCAAUCAUGGUGAACCUUUUCAAGCGGAUGCGGAAGCUGAGAUCAAUCCUCGAUGUCACCGUCGGCACCGGUGCCGCAAUCCUCCCAACCCCCGCAACGUCCACAAAAGAAUUCCCCCCCAUCACCCGCCUGCACCUAACCUACGCCCAGAAAAUCUACAACGGCCACCAAGGCGCACGCCAUUUCUGGCGCCAAUGCCUCCCUCGCCUGAAAUACCACAACCCCUCCAUCCCGAUGACAGUCAAGCAAACCGAGGAGCAAGACGGCCCGGCCGCGCUGACGAUCUACUUUGCGGAACAUGCGAGUAACGCUGCCACGCUGAACGCUGCGAAGGAUAUUAAUGAUAAGUAUGCGCCUGCAGCAGGAGAGAGUGAGAAGACGGCUGUUGUGGAUUUGAGGGAUUUGGAUUGGAAGAGGAUUUGGGAUAAGGUGCGCGUUAUGACAGGGGCAAAGGAAGUGCAGGCUAGUGCGAAGGAGGAGGAGGAGGUUAAGAAGUUGGAGCAGAUGGCGGUUCAGUCUGUUAAGGAUCAAGAGCGGAAUGCGAAGAUUCGGCAGACGAAGAGGGAUCAGGAGAGGAUGUUGCAGGAGGCUAGGGGGGAGGUUGAAAGGUUGAGGCAGACCUGAGUUUGUUUUAUGUUAUUUCGUCUUCUUGUCGUUAUGGGAAUUGUGUAAAGGGAAAAGACUUCAUGGCCAAUUAUGUAUCAUAGCAUCUUGUUUUUAGAUUUAUGUAUUUCUGGGAGAGCUCGUUCUUAUGGAUUGGCCACGGCAUGGAAUGGGCCGUUACAAAGCAGUGUGGGUAUAUCGUAGACUAUAUUUAAACCAUACUAAGCAAGC